AUGGACUCCAUAAUGUCACAGGUGGCCCACCCGCUCAACCUGGCCAAGCGCUCGAAGCGCAAAACCUUCAUUUUGUUGGCGGUGGUGGCUUGGCUUGCAUUCGUCAACUACUGGCUCUAUUUUUACCGCAACAGCGACACUUACCGUGAAACCUCCAUUUCGUCUAUCUACUUUGACGAACUGAAAACAGAACCAGCGACCAACAACGAUGAGUCCAAGGAAGAUACCAAUGCCAUUGGGAACGAUUUAGUGAACCACGUGCUGUUCAAACUCUUACAGGAGAAAUCAGGCAUCCAAGAUAUUCGUGGCGUGGACAGCCACUCUACCAACUAUAACAAAAUCUUCAAGGACCACGAUGUCAAUUCAAUUCUAUCCAGCUUGGACUUCCGUGAACGAUGUGACUUGUAUUUCUUGAACCUUUACGCAUCAGACCCAAACUGGUACAUCAACCCCAACGAAGAUCUUCCGGUACCCAUGAAGGACCAAUACGACUUUGACAGGUUCAGACACGAUAAGAUGAACGAGGUCAAGGAAGAAAUAGCCAAAGAAAAGAAUAUCGAGAAAGAUGAUGUUCCUGAAGAUAAUGUGGUGGAAGAAAGAAUCAAGAAAAAGUACCAAGAAAUGUGGGAAGUCACUAAGCGGACCGAACAAAAGUCCACCGAUUAUGUGUCCCACUUCAGAAUCUUCAACAAAUGUUUCAUCACUGCCGAUGAUCACGACCAGCAGGUGAAGACAAGUCGGUAUGUCAACCAGCAAAAGAAACUCUUGAAAUCCAUUGAAAAGAGUGUGGGAGCUGAUGGGUUCAAAACAUUCGCUCUCUCGCCCGACGAGGAAAGAGUUGAUAGCAAGAGUUUUGACUCGUGUGCACAAUUGGAAUCGAGAAUAUACCCAUGGCUCUCACCUUCAUUCCCUGUAUAUGAGAGAUGGAACGGUAAGAUACUGAUGACUCCUCCAGUCAUGAGCAAGUAUGUGAAGGACAAGAGAGUGUUCAAGCAUACCAACGAAAAGGCAAGAAAUAGUCGUAAUGCUGGGACCAAGUACCAUUCCAAACUCACCGGUGGUAAAAAUUGUUUUUUGAACAACUUGAAAAAUUCCAUGAAUGGAAGAGGUAUCGUAUUGUCUAUCGGCGAUAAACAUGUCGAUGACACCGUCAGACUUAUCCACCUUUUACGAGCAUUGGGCAACACAUACCCCAUUGAAAUUGUGUACAAUGACGACAUUUCCAAGGAAACUAAAACCAAGAUUGUCAAUGCUGCCAGAAGUGGUGACGUUGCUCUUCCAUCAUCGUACCACAAGGUAGCAGACUAUUUCACUGAUGACUUUCUCGCAAAGGGAAAACUUCCACCUCAGGAAGUGUGGUUUGUCAAUGCCCACAAUGUCAUUCAGGACAAUUAUAAGGGUAAGUUCCACGGAUUUGCCAACAAAUUCUUGGCUGCUUUAUUCAACUCGUUUGAAGAGUAUAUCUUGAUUGACGCUGACACCAUCAUGGUGCAAAACCCUGAUUUUUACUUUAAUUUGAAGGGGUAUGUUGCCAAGGGAGCUUAUUUCUUCAAAGACCGCACGGCACCUCAAUUCCGUCAAGUUAGUGAUGGAGUUUUUUUCAAAAAGAUUUCGCCCUCGAUAAUCGACUCGGCGAUGUUCGACAUCCCCAUCAUAACAGAACACACAUUGCAGUCGUCGUACUUUGAUGGUAUGACCCAUUAUAUGGAAAGUGGGUUAUUGUUAAUCGAUAGAAACAGACAUUUCAAUUCUGUGCUUAUGAUGAUGCAAAUGAACUUUAUGAAGCCAGUGACAUCGCGGUCGUAUGGUGACAAGGAGAUCAUCUGGCUUGCAUUUGCUACUAAUGGAGAUGAAAGCUACCAUUUCAACAAGUAUUAUGCUGCCGCAAUUGGAACUUUAACGCCUGAUGUGCAACGGUUGACCAAGGAUGGUAAACCCAAGCUAGCGAAGGAAAUAUGUAGUGCCCAUCCUGGUCAUAUCAGCGAGGACGAUGGCUCUUUGGUAUGGUUCAAUUCUGGGUAUCAUACGUGUGGACAAUUACACAAGGUCAACUAUGAGAAGGAAGCUGAAAAACAAUCGAGAUUUACCCAGUUCAAAACGGCGGAGCAAUUCCGCACCUUUUAUGAAGAGCCAUUGACGAUCACGCAUGCCAUUAUACCUCCAUUCAAGGACAAACUCGAGACGUUAUGUGAGAACACCAUAGAAGAGCCCAAAGAGGGAUGGACUAUGGAUCGAGAUUAUUGCAACUCGUACAUGUGGUGUGCAUAUUCACGCAUUGGUGGACCAACCAAAGAUGACACCGAUAAUACUCAAGAAGGACAAGUGUUCAAGUUUGAGAAAAAAGACACGGAAUUGUUCAAGUUUUAUGGAGAUGUAUGGGUUGGCAUGGAAUAA